ACUGGGCGGAGGUGUCGUCGCUGCGGCGGGACCUCCUCUUCUGCCAGCUGGGUUCAACCGACCUCCCUCUAGGGUUUGACUUGGACCUGGAGGGUGCCUCGCCCUCCCCUUCGGCCCUGCCUCUGCCCCCUGCACCCCUCCCCCUUGUGGCCACCACCUCCUCCACCACUAACACUGACACAGAUUCAACGUCCUCAAAAUUACCACCAGCCACUGUACGCACUAAACCUCCAUCUCCGCCCGCCUUAGCUGAUCCAUCUUCUGCAGUCCCUUCUUCCGCGACUGAGUCGUUUCCUUCUCCAGCCACUUCUUUUCAAUCAACUAGUUCCUCGUCUCCACCUUCCCCGUCCCAAUCACGAUCAUCAUCAUUAUCAUCACCAUCAUCAUCUAGCAGACUGGUGAGUGGAAGAGGACCAGUCAUGAGGGGCAACACCAGGCAAAGUUUCAGACCCCUGCGUGAUCCCCUGAGGACCGACAGCUUCCUGGACCAUCGUGCAUCACGGGGGUCCAGAUGGGGCGGCACACGGCCCCCGCGCAGCUUGGGUCAGGUCAUGGUGGCAGACCAGUCAACCAACUCACUCAGCGCCACCCUUACAGAAAAGGAGUACGUGGCGCUACUGGAGCGGCAGUUGCGAGACCUGAGGGCGAGAGUUAGCGCCUGCAGGUCCUGUUUGACCCCACCACAGAGAAAGCUGGCGACUUGUGGUGGUGGCAACGCUUGGAGGGACUACCGACGAAGACGACGACUCCUUCGUCGCAUGGAACGAGAGCAACGGAAAGAACGGCGCCGCCAAGAAAGGAAAAACAAAGAACAAAUGACCAAUAACAACACUUCUUCAGCCACACCAACCACCACGCCCUCUAAUAAAACAACCACCACGUCUUCUAGCACACCAACCACAACGCCUUCUAGUACAACAACCACAACACCUACCAUCACGACCACCGAUGAGGAGGCUCUAGACAAUGAAUCUGUCUUGGCCGAUGUUGCUUACAGUGACCAGAAGUUGGACAACCAAAGGGCUCGCGAGACUCACCGCAUGAGCACAGACUUCCGGCGGGGGUUCAACCAGAAGAUCUCACGGAUGGACGAGGCGCUCAUGCAGUUCACCGAUACCCAGGCUGCCUUCUGCAAAGAGCUGCGGGACAACCUGGGAGGGAGACUGGAGAAGCGAGGCCAGGAGCUAGAGGCCCUCUCAGACCAGAUCGCCGCCCUCGUCCGGACUUCCACGGCGCAGAUCACCGCCCUGGAGAAAGUCGCGUCAGAUCAGCUAUACUCAGGGCAGGCGAGCAUAGAGAAGAGCCUCGCCAUCACCCAGGCCAUCAGAGACUCCCAGCUGCGAGCCAUCCAGAACUACCACAAGCAGACGUUCCUCCCAGCCGCUGCCGCCAUUGCCGCCAUCCUCACCGACCAAGCCUCUGCUGCCACCUCCAUGGGCGUCGAACUCAUCACCAAGGUGGAGAUGCUGCAGGACGUGUACCUGACGUACGCCACCCGGCAGGCAGACACCCUGCAGAAGCUCAAGGAGGACGUGGACAAGUUCGCCUCCAAGCACAACAACCUGGUGAUGCGCUCCCGAGACCACGCCAACUACCUCCACAUCAACGCCCACAACUUAGUCAGGGAGCUACAGACCAGGAUGAACAACGUGGUCAAGGAACUGGUCCUCAUCCGUCUUCAGAGUCAGAAUUUUAUCUCCAUCAAUAACGAUACCCACAACGACAUCAACAACAGCCUCAACAAGACUCAGGAUGCGGUGGAGACGCUCUCACAGGGGCUGAAGAACAGGCUGGACAACGCUACGGUGUUGGAACAAGACUUCAGGAAGAUCUUCAAGAGGGAUACCAACCACAUCAGCGACAGAGUAGAGAGAGGCAUUAGCCAGGCGCUGGUGUCUAACCACGCAUCGAUGAGACAGAUAGAGGAGGCGGAGCUAGACACGCGAGUAUUUGUGGGCACCACCACCGCUGCCUGGAACGAACUCUAUCUCAACCAGGAGGCGGAGCUGCGAAAGGAGGCGGACUCCCUUACACACAGCCUGCGUACCCAUACGCACCACACCCAAAAUGUCCUCACUGGCAUGCGCAGUGCGGCUGAGACACAUGAGCUGGUGCUGGAGGAUCAAAGGAUGAAUUUCCAGCGUUUUAUCCGGAAGCGACAAGACGCCUUGGACAACCAAUGCUCAGCCAUCACCGACUGGGCCAUGCUCAUGUCUACAGAACUCCGCAGACGAGACGAGGACCUCCACAGGUUCCUCAGUGAGGAUCUCCAGUAUACUACAGUGACGGUGCCGGAGGAUGAGGACGGUGGGUACUUGGUCUCCCGGCUCCCUGAUGGUUCACUGGUCUAUCAGUCGUCCCCUGCCCACGCCCCGGCCCACGCCCGCUCCCCACGCCCGCCGCCAAACGUAAACUACCAGUUAGACGGGACUGCUUAUAGCCCUGGCCUUGCCUCGUCUACGUCACAUUCUAGUCCCAAUAAACCUCAGUUGGAGAAGACUGUAGUCACUUAUGUAAAUAACACACGUAGCAAGUUUAGUUCAAGUAGCAACAAUAUCACCAGUGCAUAUAGUAGCAAGCCGUCUGCUGUUCACAAUAACUCUCUCGACAAACAUAGUGAAACAGAAAAGUUUAAUGUUCCGAGUGAGGUGGACAGUGAAAUCAGUAAUAACACAAGUUCGAAAGAGUUACAAGGCCUUGGUUUUCAUCAUCACACAAAGACGACUAAGAGUGAGGGGUCUUCUCUUCAGAAAAUUGAGAAAACGAAAAAUGGGCCGGUAAGAGGGGGGACGGGAAGAAAACUCGAUACAAAUCCAGAUAAUGUUGCUUAUACUCAGGUGGGUACAGAACCUGGUGAGAGGAAUGAUUUUGGGGAAGAAAACAUUAUUCAAGAAAUCCACGUACUCGGCACAGAAGACGUCCAAACAGAUUACAGAAACGAGGAAAUGAAAAAACAAACACCAAAGAUAUUACACAGGAGACGAGGGGAACUCCAAGAUGCCGGUGAUAGGCAAAAUGAUGGAGCAUAUAAACCUGUUUGUGCAAGGACGUGUGGGAGCCAGAAGGGAAACAAUGAAACAGCUGAGAAAUGCCAUCAUUCGACGGGGGCAGACAAUUUAAACGUCUACGAUGAUGAUGAUGACGAUGAAGGUAUAAAAAAGCUGAGGAAAAUCCUCCAAGAAGCUCAAAAAACAAUCCAGAAAUUUCAAAUGGAUUUCCAGCUUCAGGGUAACUCCAAGGAUGGUAAUACAUCAAGGACGCGGGAAACAUUUGUUACCGGAGACGUAGAAAAUGACAUACGAUAUAAUGCAACAAUCGGAAUCAAUGAUAACCAUAAUACAACAAACAAUUCCAGCAAAAGCAACUAUGUUGCAGGAAAUCAACCAGAAUCAGUAGGAAGCAAGAAGACACACGAAGGAGCUUCGAAAGGAAAUACUAGUGCAACUCACCAUAUAAGGCACCAGCACCACAAGAACCCCCAGAUCUCUGGUGCCCCAAGAGCAAAAGGACCUUUCAAUAGACAUUUAACAUCUAAAGCAACAUCUCCACAGUCCUCUAUUCCUUCCAAUACCACUUCUGACUCUCUAAACAACUCCACGUUUUCUAUAAGUUCAUCAGAUACAUCUAAUAUUGUGGACACCCCUCUUAGUAUACUACCAGUUGUUCGCGUGGACAAUGUACCGUCAGAGGGAAGCGUGAGAAAAUCCACUGUUGAACUCGUUCAGAUGGACCAGGACGACUCGCUGACAAGAUCAGGUGUUAAGGGGAGCAGCAGUGUACGGAGAGGCCAAAAUAGAAAAAGCAAAAAACUCCGAGAAAAUAAUGAAACAUCAACAACAAGCAGUGUUCCAGAACACAAGGAGACAAAAAAAUAUGGGAACGAGUAGAUUACGAUGACAAAUUAUUUAAUCCCUUUGGUGUUUACUAUUAUGAACUUCUAAGGAUUUAUGUUUUAUGCAUGUAAACUAGAUAUACUGGAAAAAUCAAGCUUCGCAUCCACGAAAGGAUGAAUUCUAGAGAACAAAAUAAUAUGGUAUGUGUGUUUGGGAUUAGUUUUGGUGUACAACCUUAUACGUGUGUAUUUAAAUUCUUAACAUUUCUUUGGUUAGUUAAGCGUUUUAACACUUUUUGCAUUCGAUUAAUUGUGUAUAAUAUAUUAAAUAUAACUGAAAAUGCCAAUGUUCUGGAGAGCGUUACAUCACGAUGGAGAGAACCCCCUAGAAUGAAUAUGGUGAGAUCUGUUCUUUCAAGGACACUAGGAUAAUACGGUUGUGACGUCAGCACUGUCCCUUGCUCAGCAGGACAGUAAUGUGACUGAAUUAUUGGUAAUUGACAAAGAAUGUGAUGAAUGUAUGGAUAAAAUUGCUACUGGUGAAAGAAAGGAGAAAAUGGUUAGGGUCUGGAUGACAGUGCCACAUGAGUGCGGUAAUGACUACUUUGGAUAAGGAUGGUGACAUUAACUUAUAAUACAGAAACAAUACUAAAUACCGCAAAUAAUUACAACGAAAUCGUUGAUAUCGAUAUAGUUGAUGUUCAGCUAAUUCUCUUGACACUGACAUUAAUCAUUAGUGGUCUAUGGGUUGUGUGUGAUUUUGUGCAUUUCUUCGCUAGAAGACGUGUGACGAUAGCCACUACCAGGUUUGUCAACUGUUAUGUUUUCUAUUGUAGAUUAUGUAAAUAAUUGUCUUAUAAUUUUACUGUAGUUGUCAUGACUACGUACUAAUGUGUACUAUGUACAAUAUACAAAGUCUUUUUUGUGAAAUACACUGCCAUUCACCCUACUGUACCUUUACAGACUCAGACUGUAGUUAAGUCUCCCCCAAAGGAGGGAGUCGUUUAUUUUUUUCUGUCUUCUUGCAAACAAUUAACAAUUAAUCGCCACUCCUUCAAUUAUAGGCCAAUUACAUUCAUACUUAACACUUUGCAGGGUUGUACCGUGCUCCAUAAGUCAGCCACCUUCAUCGAGUUUUUAUUUUGCCCUUUUGAGCGAAUAUACUCUGUCAAAUAUCAAACCCCAAAACGUAAAUUUUGAGGUGUUGUUCAGUCAUACCGAUUUAGGAUGAAAGUUGGCACAUAUAAUCCUUGCUAUAGAACCCACAAAACAAUCCUAUUCUAAGAGGAUCAAAACUCAAAAAAAUAAACAAUUUUGGGCCUUUGGCACAAAGUAACCCCAACAAGUCAUCUGAGACUGAAUGGGGAAACAUAAUCGUUUGAGAAAGUUGGCCUUGUUAAAUUUCUGAAUGGUCGCCUUCGUUCUUGAUCACAAAUUUAUUGAUGCUUCUUUGUUUCUUUUCGCACAAAAUAAAGACAGGGGUAGUAAUAUAAAGUGUAUUUAAAUGAGGAAAAUAUUAUUAUAAAUUAAAAUGUACUUUAAUCAUUCACUGACAGUCUCUU